AUGGAGUCGGCUUCAGAGCUGGCUAUAAGCCACCCGAGCCCUGAAAUGGAUACUUCGGAUGAUGAAUCCAACAUGUCGGAGAUCCUGACAACAGAACGACCAUCACACCUACAGUCGCUCUUUCAGAAUGACUGGCUUAGCCUAGACAGCCGGCAAAAGACUGGACAAAUACAAGAACGCAGGGAGAGAGCAUCUGCUAAUCUGCUGGAUACCGCGAGGGAAGCUCUUCAAAGCUUGAUCCCACCAAAAUCCGAAGUGGCCAAAAUUUAUGCCUCAGCAUUUGAAUGGCUCAGGAUACUUCAUGCCUUACUUCCCCAACCAUUUGUCGCACGGUCUGAUGAUGAAGCGCUGAAGAGUUAUGAUAACAUGAGAAAGUCGAAUGUUGACACUAUGACACUCACCUCGUGGAUGCUCACAUUGGCAAUCACUGCUCGGCAGACGCCACAAGAACGCAUUCUCACACCUGGCCAGCCUGGGGAGUAUAUUAAGCGCCUUGAACUCGCCCGAGCAAUAUCUGAUGCCGUGGAGAGAACAAUUAUAUGUCAUGAUCGACUACUGAGCUCGAUAUCGGGGGUUAUGAUAUGCUUGCAUUGGAUUCGACUUGCGAUUGCUGAGUUGAUGGGACUACCCAGGGCAUCUCAAGCUACCCAGCGAAAUGGGACAUCGGCAAUAAAUGAGGACAAGACCCAGCUUUGGAAAGCUCAGCUUUGGGAAAUGAUUUGUGCAGCAGACAGGCUAUUAGGAAUGAUCCUCAAUCUUCCAACAGAUACACGUUGGCAACGAUGUAUCAAGGACGAACCACUGUCCGUCAAUGGCGUCGUUCAGGUUCGUUUGUAUUUUACCAAGCUGGUGGAUAUUGCUGGCAAGAUUCAACAUUUGGAUGAAGUGAACUCAACACGUGAAAGUACUGCCGAGGUUUUGAAUUCUACGUCGGAGGUUAUCGAAGAGCUUCGGUCGCUUGCCUCUCAGACUCCUGAAUCAUGGUGGACUCAGCAGAUGGAACGCGUCGAGCCCGAUCAUAUAGUACAGGUCACUCACUACUACUUGCUUCUGAGGGCUUACAUGCCGCUUACUUUACGCCAAGACUCAUCGGAAGAUUCCUUCAAUACCCGACUCGCCUGCUUUCAAGCAUGCGAAUCAGUAAUACAGCGGUAUACCGUUCUUCUCGAAAUGCUACCUCCAGGAUUCUUUCUCUACACUAUGAUGGAGAUACAUACCUUCACCGCCACAGUGAUCCUGAUUUUGCUUUCUCAUACAUCAAAAACCAAUCAACUAUUCAGUCUCCAAGUUGACAAGGCAAAAACCGGGAGAGAAGUGGAACAUGUCAUCAAUAUCAUGCGCAAAAGAAUCAGUAAUACUCACACCUCACGAAUUGCCGAAAAUGCGGUUAAUACCUUGUCUUCUUUGAUCAAUCUUCUUCAAGAAGAUGAGAAUGCCACUGAUGGGCGCAAAUUGAUGCUAGAUGUUCCUUUGUUGGGCAAGGUGCACAUUCAGCGUAAUAGUCGUGCAUUACCGGCUCAAGAAAUAGGAGUCGUCAAGUCUUCGCACACUUCAUUGAGAUCGGCUACAAGAAGUUCAAACCAGAAACCGCUUCCUCCCCCUCUUGGUGCAAAUCCAUCUUCCUCUGGCUUACAGGAGAUCCAACCGUGGGACGAUCUCUCCUGGUUUAUUGAAGAAGACCCUGCCUAUUUUCUCCAGGAUACGCUCAUGGCGGAUCUUUUUGACCCCAAUGCACUCCUGUAUAAUGGGAGUGAUGGGUUUUCAUCCUUUAACUGA